ACUUGAGUUCGGGUAUGAGCUGAGACCAACUGAUGUUCCCGAUACCCAGAUCAUCAUCCUCCAUGCCAGAGAAGCUGAUAUCAACUAAGAUUUUGCUCAGGCUGUCGUUCAUGGUGUCCAGGACCAGGCCUUCUGUUAGGGAGCGAUUGGCUGCGAAGGAACCACCGACCUGGAGCUCCCUGGAGCAGCCCAACGGACGCUCUGUCCCGGGGGAGUAGGUGCCGGUGGGGGCAGCCGUGGAGACGGAGCGUGCUGAGCUCUUCAGUCAUGAUCUCUGAUGCCCCGUAAGACAAGAACAAAAUCUUUGCUGUCACAUAAGCCUUCACUGCAAUUUGUUGAGCCACCACUUGAUGGAGCCAGAUACCACCACGUGCCUGAAGUGAGAGGUGCACUCAAUCCCAAGUCUUUUCUGUUUGAUGAGCAACAACAGAGCAGCACAGCCUCUAGUUCUUGGGUGACUCCGCAGUUUGAACAACUACCACCCUCUGUACCUCGAGGGAGGAGAGGAAGGAAGACGUGCAUCUCUGCAUCCAACAUUCUUGACAGGAGUUCUCAAUUACUUCGAAAAAGUAGUGUUUGCAAGUUCCCGUCUUUGUCCUUUGAGAGGAGGUCAUCAGCCCAACCUCUCCGCCGAAAGCGUGCCGAUGUAAAGAACGCUUUUGAAUUUGCUGUUAGGGGCCCGCAGAGCGUGCAAGUGCAUGAGAUUGGUUCUCUUAGUAACCAACUUGACACGAAAACCCCAAAACUGAGAACUUCCCUCAGGGAAAGGACGACCGACAGGAGACGAUUGUCAGAGGUCACACCUGAAGGUGAAGCAUCAACAAGCGGUAGAUGUGUGGAGUUCCUUACAACACCAGGCAAUGUUGCCAGACCUACCAAAUCCCCAGCAAUUUGCACUGCUGUGACUCCUGUUUCAGCAACAAACACCCCAGACAAAGACAAUGUCUUCUCCCCACCUGAUGUAGAGACUCCAGAGUUACACCAUAAUGGUAGUUCUUCCUCUUUUCUUCGCUUUCUGUUGCCUCCAUCACAGCCACCAAGUCCUCCGCACUGCCUGAUUUUAGCAGCGGACACCCCAGAGAGGGACUAUGGAGUCAAGGUAACUUGGCGAAGAAGGAAAGGGCUGAUGAGGUUGCUGAGGGAUCGAGGGAAUCUUUCCAAUGCAGAGGCAUUGUUUAGCAUCCAAUGAACAUAACUGUACAUUUUAACAUUUUGUCUUUAUGCUCUGCAAUGAACAUCAGAAUGCAUUAAUGAAUUGGUCCACUGAUUGAAAGUGAUAUGCUCUAAUGUCAAAAUUUAGACCACAGUUAGUUUGCUUCUUUGCCGUAACUCAACAUGUUGUACAUUUGACAAAUAAACCUUGAAACCAUGUGUA